CACGCGAAAAAACAGCCAGGAAGAGAGAGGGGAGAGGAGGCGAGGGGCGCCCACAGCGCUCGCAACCGCGCCAGUAAUUAGUCCGCUGCCACCACGCUUUACGGGAUACUGCAGCACUGGUUUUAAAGGAUCUCCUCAGACUUUGGAGCGACUUUUCAAAACAGUGAGCCAUGCAACGUCUUUUCGUUUUCAACAGAUGAGCGAUUAGAAAAAGGAAAAACAAACGGUAUAAUCAAAUAUUGUAGUUUGUUUUGUGGCUGAUUCCCGCAACAUACUGAAUUUACUUUCAUGACACAGAUGAAGUUGCAUAGUUAUCACAGAUGGACCUGUCUGUUCACUUGUUGAAUUUGGAAAGAGUAAUUUCACUUGCAGAGUACUUAAACCAUGCGGUGGUCUUGUUAUGACAACAGAGGUGAUGGAACUUCAUACUGGAAUACGUGUCUUGUGAGUGAACAAGCUGAAGCUAAGAGUUUUCUUUGACCUGCAAUCUGAAGAGCCCGUUGGGCAAUCCAGCCAUGAUGAAAGCAAGGAGUGUACCCCUCUCAGCACCUGGGAUCCAAGCGUGUCAGAGUACCCUCGGCUGAUUUUCACUGAGUUUCAACACAACCCCAAGCUCCUCCUAGUCACCUUCUACCCCGGCUAAGAUGAACAGUACCACCAACAGCUCUUCGGUCGGCCCCAUUCACCCCGCCGGGGGACCAUGGCUGGCGCUGGUAAUCACGGUCAUCAUCCUGGUCAUCGUGGCGGGCAACAUGCUGGUCAUCAUCGCCAUCGCCCGUACCUCCCAGCUGCAGACCACCACCAACCUCUUCAUCGCCUCCCUGGCUUUCGCCGACCUCAUCGUGGGGGGCCUGGUGGUGCCCCUGGGGGCCACCAUCGUGGUGACGGGCGACUGGAAGCUCAGCAAGCGGCUCUGUGAGCUGUGGAUGUCGGUGGACGUGAUGUGCGUGACGGCCAGCAUCGAGACGCUGUGCGUGAUCGCGGUGGACCGCUAUGUGGCGGUCACGCGGCCGCUGCGGCACCGGCAGCUGCUGCGGAAGCGCUGGGCGGGGCUGACGCUGUGUGCCGUGUGGGCCGUCGCCGCCCUCAUCUCCUUCGUGCCCAUCAUGACCCGGAUCUACCGGUCUCACGGGGUGCCGAGACACGAGGCCUGCUACAGCGUCUCCGCCUGCUGCGACUUCAUCACCAACGCCGUCUACGCCAUCGUCUCCUCCGUGGUGUCCUUCUACGUGCCGCUGUGCGUCAUGAUCUUCGUGUACGCGCGCGUCUUCCUCAUCGCCACACGGCAGGUGCGCCGCAUCGAGCAGGAGAGCCAGCGCUUCCGCAGCCGACACGGCCACACCCACGGCGACGGCGUCUUCCGCGUGCCGGAGUUCCGCUCGGCCCGGCAGCUGGUGGUGAGGGAGCACCGUGCCCUGAAGACCGUGGGCAUCAUCAUCGGCUCCUUCACCUGCUGCUGGCUGCCCUUCUUCGUGGCCAACAUCGUCAUCCAGAGCGACUACUAUGAGCUGGUCACGCUGCUCAACUGGCUGGGCUACCUCAACUCGGGUCUCAACCCCAUAAUCUACUGCCACAGCCCGGAGUUCCGCGCCGCCUUCAGGGCCGUGCUGGGCUGCCCCUGGGUGCCUGCGGGGCACCUCGAGACCCUCUACAAGAGGCUGCGUGUCCACUGCCCCUGUUUCCUGGGUGGGGCGGAGUCAGGGUCGGAGAUGGGCGGGUCUCUGGGCGGAGCCCUGCACUUGAAUGGCACGGUUGCCCUCAAUGACGUGGAUGAGCUCGAGAGUCAAGUUCUGUGUUCACAGGAGAAGAAGGUCUAAAAGGACAGGGAGUGGCCAAAAUUUCCACACUCAGCGUCACCAUCGCUGGACCAGCAGGGAAAACCACAAACGAUGAAGUCUGUGAUUUAGCAGGUGGAGUUUGCAAAACCAAAAUGGGCGACAAUGAUUGGCUGCCCCGCUGCCAGCCAAUCAGGUGGAAGACAACAGGAGCAUUAAGUGAAGGCAGCAGAGGACAGAGGGGUCUUGGAGGAGGAGGCAAGACAGCAUUAAGCAUGAGACUGGGCCACCGAGCAUUAUGGGAAACCAGAGGAUGGAGGACCAUACCGCUGCUGUGGGUACAUGGCCACUCCAGGGCUGCAGCUUGGGCCUGGUCCAGUCAAUCAGAGCCGUCGGCCAAUAGCUUGUGUCUAAAGCCACAGCUCACAUUCCAAUCAGUGUUAACAAACUCUCUCAGCACGUCUUUGAAGGUUUCUCAAAGAUGUAAUCAACCAUCGGACUAAUA